AUGUCCGGAAAAUGUACAGCUCACAAUUAUGCAGUUCUCAGUAGUGCACCUUCGUGCAACAACCUCACUUUUAAUUUGCGUCUCACCACAAUUCGCUUGGUUAUGAGUGCUCCUUCGCCUGAUGCAGACGAUGGCACACAACGAAAUUCUGCUUUGCCACCGCGUAAUGAAAUAAAUAAAGAAUUCUCAGUUGGAGAAGAGCUGAUUCAGUGGUUGGAAGAAAAUGGGGCAGAUAGCAAGAAAUUGGCCUUACAAGAAUACGCGCCCGAAGUACGCGGUGUGCACAGUCGCAAGGUGCUGGUGCCAGGAGAACGAAUCCUUGUUAUACCGAAAAAAUGUCUUAUCACGGUUGAAAUGGGUAAGCUGACGGACAUUGGACGUAAGCUGCUGGCUCACAAUGUGGACUUUGUUGCACCGAAACACAUUUAUCUCAUGAUGUUUUUGCUUACGGAUAUGGAGAACGUCGAGACAUCUUUUUUUCAGAAUUACUACAGCACGUUGCCUUCUACUCUGAGUAAUAUGCCUAUCUUUUGGUCUGAUGACGAGCUUAACUGGCUUAAAGGCUCAUAUAUAAUUCAACAAAUUCAGGAACGCAAGGCCGCCAUUCGAAAAGAUUAUGACGUUAUUUGCAGGGUGGACCCAUCCUUUGCACGUUUUUCGCUUGAUCGCUUUAGCUGGGCGCGUAUGAUUGUCUGUAGUCGGAAUUUUGGACUGACCAUCGAUGGAGUGAAGACAGCAGCACUCGUACCAUUUGCUGACAUGCUCAAUCACUAUCGUCCACGUGAGACGAGCUGGACUUUUGACCAGAGUAUUGAUGCAUUCACCAUCACGUCCCUUGGAACGAUCGGUGCUGGCGCACAGGUUUACGACUCAUAUGGCAAGAAAUGCAACCAUCGCUUUUUGCUAAAUUAUGGGUUUGCAGUUGAGGAUAAUACAGAAGAGGAUGGUCGAAAUCCUAACGAGGUGCUGAUUGAUUUUCAACUUUCACCAAAUGAUGGACAGCUCUUCUAUGACAAGCGAGCCUACUUGCACGAAAGUGGUAUUUACACAAUGGACGCUCGUCUAAGUUGUUCACACUCAGAUACAAACACACGUGAGGGCUUUAGCUUUGCCCGUCUUAUCGUUGCAACUGAGGAAGAGUUUACUAUAAUGAAGAUGAAAAGCCCUGCGCACUCUUCUCCGCCCAUCUCAUUUGAAAAUGAAAUUCGCGCACUUCGGUACCUUCGCAACUUAAUGACUCACCAGCUCAGUAUGUACGGUACAACUAUUGAAGAGGACAACGAAAUUCUGGCCUCAAAGCAGUACGCGCCGUUCUCGAACCGCAUUCAAGCUCUGUUUUUCAUCAGGGGCGAGAAGCAAGUGUGCCGAUAUUUUCAAGAGCUAGCAGACAAGGUAAUCCCUCUUUUCAGCUUGCCGCUCGCACAAUGCCGUGAAGAACUGCAGCACAGCUUCGAUGGUGAUAGCGAUAUCGACCGUUAUGCACAAGAUGUCAUUGCCUACUUAGUCACACAGGUUUACCGCGAGAGCUAG